AUGAAUUUGAGUUCUCUCAGGAAGUACUUCAUGUGCAUCACUGCAGGUGAUGCACCCAGCAUCCUGGGAGGCCUCUGUGUCGCCCUUAGAGUCACCAAUUUGCAUUCCCCAGGCCUUCCUCCGUACCCAGAGCAGAUCCCCGGCCCGGUCAGCCCUGCCCAGGAGGAGCCAAAAGAAGAUCAGGCCCUGGAGCACCAGCAAGACUGGGAAACAAGGGUGACCCCGCCGGAAACGGGGGGCGGCGCUGUGGUCAUCAAGACAGAAGCACCAUCCGAGGACGAGGACGAGGACGAGGAUGAGAUGACGCUGGAGCCGCCCUUCCCCGGGGCAUCCCCGAGCCGGGCCACGUGUGGAAUCCCCAAAGGGCCCAGAAGCAGGACCGGGGGUUCUGGCCGGCUUCACGCGGGGGGUGUCCCCCAGGCGCGGGCAGGGGACCCCCGGCCCACGGGGGCCGGGGCCCAGACGCCCCGCGUCCUCCCGCGUCGGCGAGAGCGGGCCUUCCCCUGCCCUGACUGCGGCCAGAGCUUCCGCCUGAAGAUCAACCUGACCAUUCAUCAGCGGAGCCAUGUGGAAGAGGAGCACCGGGAGGCCCAGGGCGGCUCGCCCACUGGGUGGGGGGACGCGCACUCGACAUUGGAGCCGGGGGAGGUGGUGGUGCCCGGCCCAGUCAUCCGUUGGCUCCCCGAGCGCGAGAGCCGGCGGCCUUUCGUGGGGCGGAGGCCGGCGGCCGCCAAGGUGUACCACUGCAGCGAGUGCCUGCGCUUCUUCCAGCAGCGGAAGAGCUUGCUGCUGCACCAGCGCCUGCACACGGGCAACAGUCAGGGCUGGCCCGCCUGCCCCUACUGCGGCAAGGCCUUCCGCCGGCCCUCCGACCUCUUCCGGCACCAGCGCAUCCACACCGGCGAGCGGCCCUACCGGUGUUCCCAGUGCGGCCGGGCCUUCAACCGCAACCACCACCUGGCGGUGCACAUGCAGACGCACGCCCGGGGCCAGGUGGGCCCGCCCUGUCCCGGGCCCCCCGCGCUCCUGGGGAGCCCGCCGCGGCCCCGGCCCAGCCACUCGGAGGAGGGCUGA